AUGAUACAUUUAGCUGAUACUGAAGUGGAGGAAAACUUUGAACGAUUGAAAAUCAGCACCUUAGUGGUAAGAAGUUCAGGCCAUUCUCCUACUUCCCGGAUUGUUCCAAAUGCUCAGCACUUUAAAAUCUCAACUGGAUUUUUGCAUUUCCAAGUCACGCUCCACGUUUGUGAUUCCAAGCCUGGGUCUGACCCAAAUCUGACGGUUCAUAGUUUCCGGCUGCAAGAGCUGGGAAAACAGCGAUCUACCUUUCGUGUUAAACCAGGCUUCAGCAGCGCUGCUCACCUGGCCACGUCUGCCCUGUUCAUCGCUGUACCCGCAGAUACCCGGCUCCGUGCCACGCACGGAUGGUCAGGGGUAUGGGACAAAGAAGCGGCUCUGCAUCAGGCGGCUUCUGAGAGUCUCCGGGACCGCGCCACCUGCCGCGGGGAAGAAGCGCGGUCCCGGCCGGCUUCGGCGAUCCGAGCUCCGGCCGCGCCUCCCUCCGCGUCCCGGCCCACUCGCGGUGGCAUUCGGCAACGAAGCCAGAGACCUCUACUGCCAGUUCAAGCAAACACAAUGGCCGAGCCGGAAGUGAGAGAGGCCUCGACUUCCGGCCCCUCCGGGAUCCCGGAAGUCUCGUUUGCGAAGGUGGGCGCGCGCGUCCCGUCACCCGGGAGACCUGGCAGGGCCUUCUUACCGGCAGUGCCCGGCCACCUGCCGCGGGGCGGGGGCGCGGACUCGUCAGGGCUCAGGCCCCUCACAUCCUGCUCUCAGGCCAUAGUCGGGAGACCCAGACGCUCCCCAGCUCUGCCCCAUCUCCUCCAGGUGACAUUGGGAAACAUACCCAACCUCCAAGCCUGUUUUCUCAACUGAAAAAUUGCAGAGCAUAGCGCGGACCUCACAGGGCUGGGAACACCCAAUGAGGUAACACACAGACACUACAUAGCAAAAGGCCUGGCAUAUCCUGAGCAAUCAGUUAUACCAUGUGUGAUGCCCAAUCUGAAGUCUCAGUGAAGGGAGCAGCGAGCACCUGCAUCUUAAAAAUCAAGAAGCAUGUCUAGAAAUUGUGAUAUUUUGGCCCAUAAAUGUGGUUAAUAUUUACUAAGAUAGCACCAGCAUUCUGGUGUCCAUGUAGAGGUCCCUAGGGCGACCAAGGAGCAGAUAAAGUGAGAUGUGGGAGCAGUUUGUAACCUAGGAGGCAAUUGUCUAGCCUCUGGGUGUCAGGUGGUACCCAGGUGAACUUCACUUUGAAGAAUGGUUUGGAUACAGAAGUCGUAUAUGAACAGGUCCUUGUUACUGACACGACUGAGCAGGUCCUGCAUGUUAAUGACCAUGGGUGAAGGGCAGAAGCAUGAUGAAGUUAACUAUGUAUCUUCAUUAUAGCCCAGGAGGUAGAUCCUUUACAGGUCCCAAAGUAAACAGUCUCCUGGGCUCUCUAGGGAUGGCAGUAUUUCACAGGUGUCCUGGGCCUAACUCUGGCCCCGACAUAUGUUCCUCAUA